CCACGUUCCUCUCUCCACUGUGCUUUGCAAUCUUCUUUCAGCGCAUCAGUGUUCGGUCUGCUGCUUGAGGGACCGCAAGAGCUGUCAAAUCCGCUCGGGGAGACAAAAACUAUGCUUUGGAGGGAUUAACUUGAAAGAAGAAUAACACUUACAAGCAGUUUUCCAGCCUCACAGCUUCCAGAGAGUCCACCAUGUUGUCCAGGCUAAGGAGCACCUUUUCCUGGAGGCCAGUGUGUGCGUCUGCCUGCAGAUGGGCACACACCAAAGAGAAGGGCAAGCCGCUCAUGCUCAACCCCCGCACUAACAAAGGAAUGGCCUUUUCUCUACAGGAGCGACAAAUGUUGGGCAUACACGGCCUGCUGCCCCCGAAGGUAGAGACACAAGACCUGCAGGCCAUGCGCUUCCAGAACAACCUCAAGAAAAUGACAGAUCCCCUUGAAAAGUACAUCUACCUGAUGGGCAUCCAGGAAAGGAACGAGAGGCUCUUCUACAGGGUCUUGAUGGGGGACAUUGAGGAGCUCAUGCCGAUCGUCUACACUCCAACUGUGGGACUGGCCUGCACCCAGUAUGGACACAUCUUUAGACGGCCCAAAGGUUUGUUCAUCUCCAUUUUGGAUAAAGGACACAUCCGCUCCAUACUGGACAACUGGCCAGAGACCAAUGUGGCUGCGGUAGUAGUGACUGACGGAGAGCGUAUUCUAGGCCUUGGUGAUCUGGGAGUUUAUGGCAUGGGAAUCCCUGUUGGAAAACUCUGCCUGUACACCGCCUGUGCCGGCAUCCGACCUGAGAAGUGUCUGCCCGUGGUGAUUGACGUGGGCACGGACAACGAGACUCUCCUUAAAGAUCCACUCUACAUGGGCCUGUACCAGAGGAGAGACCGCUCUCAGGCGUAUGACGACCUCAUUGAUGAGUUCAUGGAGGCCGUGGUGGACAAAUAUGGGCAAGAUACCUUGAUACAGUUUGAGGACUUUGGGAACCACAACGCCUUCCGCUUCUUGAGGAAGUACAGGGAAAAAUACUGCACCUUUAACGACGAUAUUCAAGGCACUGCAUCAGUAGCACUUGCUGGUCUGCUGGCAGCUCAGAGAGCCACAGGGAAGCCUAUCACUGAACACCGGGUGCUUUUCCUGGGAGCGGGAGAGGCUGCUCUUGGCAUCGCAAACCUGAUUGUCAUGGCCAUGAUGGAGUCGGGAAUGUCGCAGGCGGAGGCCAGGGAGAAGAUCUGGAUGUUUGACAAAGAUGGCUUAUUAGUAAAGGGAAGAACGCAGGCAAUGGACACAAACCAGGAAGCAUUUGUUCACAACAGUCCAGGUGACGUUCACAGCUUCCUGGAUGCUGUCAACACCAUCAAACCUACAGCUAUCAUUGGUGUAGCAGGAGCUGGCCGACUGUUCAGCCAUGGUGUCAUCAAGGCCAUGGGUGCCCUGAAUGAGCGGCCCAUCAUCUUUGCCCUGAGUAACCCCACUGCCAAAGCGGAGUGCACAGCAGAGGACGCCUACACGCUCACUGAUGGUAGAUGUCUUUUCGCCAGUGGUAGUCCAUUUGGUCCAGUAACUCUGAGUGAUGGACGAGUCUUCACCCCCGGACAAGGAAACAACGCUUACAUCUUCCCAGGUGUGGCUCUGGCUGUAAUCCUGAGUGGAGUACGACACAUCAGUGACACAGUUUUCUUGGAAGCGGCCAAGACACUGGCAGAGCAGCUGACUGAUAAAGAGCUGGAGGAAGGCCGACUAUAUCCGCCGCUCUCAAACAUCAGAGAGGUUUCACUCCAGAUGGCCGUCAAGGUGGUGGAGUACGUGUACGCCAAAGGCAUGGCAUUCCGCUACCCAGAGCCGGUGGACAAGAACGCCUUUGUGCAUGCGACCGUGUGGAACACCAACUAUGACUCCUUCCUGCCCGAUACAUACGACUGGCCUGGGGUCAGCUUUAGCCCCAAAACUACCUAAGGAGGUACACUCUCCCUCCUGUAACUGCUCUGCUCCUUUUAGAACAAUGACUUAACAUGUGUCUGUGAAAGAUGUUUGCACUGCGACCUCUAGUGGUGGAGAACAGCUGUACGAAAAUAUUGUUUUAGUACGAAACGCUUACUUGCUAAAAACAACAACUUAAAAAGAAACAACUUACUUGCUAAAAGCACUCCGAAUAGAAGAAGUCAGCAUUUUUGAAAGAGGCGGGCUAACAUCACGGAGCGGCUGAACCAAUAUCCACUCCACCCAGUAUUUGUUGUUUGUUUGGAAGCCAUUUUUUCUUUAUCAUCUGAGUAGUGGCAGCUGUAGGAGUGCAUACUAUUACUGUUCACUGCACACUGUAGAUUUUUUUUGUAUUGCAGUCUCAAAAAUUGUGUGGAAAUUAGGGAUGCUCCCCUCGAUCGGCCACCGAUUAGUAUCGGCCAAUUUUGUGAUCAGCAAAGGCCUUUCAAAGCCGAUCACGAAAAACAAUCAGCAUGCUGCGGCAAACCCUACGUGUGUUGUGUCACGUAGGGUGUCCAGCACCCGUAUAGAGCCGACAAGGGACGCACUGUCACGUAUUGCUGUGAGAAUCAACACUAGUCUGUAAAACCUCAAUGGCUGCAGUUUGACAGCUUGACACAGGCUACGCCAAUCAACGCCAGCGUGUUUGAUCACUCCCUUAUCAAACCUAUUGCUGUUCGAUUUUGCUUGCACCUUUGUUUACACACUUUGCCUAGCUGUCCCUGGCGGCAACUAGCUAGCUUCUCAUCUUCUGACUCCAAAUGUCACUUUUUACCACAGUGACAUUUCGUUUUUAAAACAAACAAGCAAUACGGUUAGUUCGGAGCUCGUUUUUUCCCCAUGGGCAAGUGGAUAUUGCCCUCAUGGGGUACAUACUACGUUUUUCAAGUGUCACUGAAUCAUUUUGCUGUUGUCAUCAUGCUAAUUAUGUCUUGUCCUCAAAACACGGUUUGUGUGUGGUUGUUUAAUGAACAUAAACACAUAGUGUGUCCAGCCUUAUGAUGGUGAUACUAUCACAGGGGUCUCCUAACUCGCCAGGUGAUUUUGAGUAGCUCACCAAAGGGUCAAAGUAUACUUGCUUCAACUCUCGUCUCAAGACGAUGGCCACACUGUUUGAGUGGUGAUCUGCUUGGUAAGUAAAGUAGCAUAGAAUUUAAGUGUUGACAAUCAUAAAUAAAACACAAAUACUUGACAGCUUUAAUAGUGAUGAAAGUUGGAGACCCCUGCAACCUGGACACUCAAUUCAUUCUGUAGGUUUGUGUCAAAUAGUAAAAAAAAAAAAAAAAGUAACUAUCUGCAGCCCUGGCCAAUAGCACUCAUCAUGAAUAAAUUUAAAAAUCUACCAUGUGAUCGGGAUCGGUAUCGGACGAUGUCACCCAUGGAUGAUCGGAAUCGGCAGCAUAAAACCCUGAUCGGAGCAUCCCUAGUGGAAAUCAUUCUCCCUUAUAGCGUAGCAGGUGUAAGGUCUCAAGCUGCUGCACCUUCCCGCCCUGAUACUUUGAAACCUCUAAUUUAUGUUAUUGUCACGUUGUUUCUUUGUUGUGUUUGUCAUGUAUUCAACCAGAAGUUACUGAUCAAGCUGCCAUGAAUACAUCAAAUUGUCCUCAUGUAUUUAAAUCUAGAUGUUUUUAGGCCUGGAAAGUACACAGUCAUCAACUUAUAUUCUUUUUGCUGGAAAAGUCUCAAAUCAGUUGCUUCUAGUUUGUAACUAGACGAGCUCUAAAAUCCCACUGUGACAAUAUUUUUCGUAUUAUUGAUAUUUUUACAGUGCGUAGUCAUUUCCACAACGCAUAUUUGUAAAAGUGAGAAGAGGAUAAAUAUGAGCUGUUUUGUAGGUCUAUUUUUCUAAUUUACCAUAGUGUUAAAAGUUUUUGUACACAAAAAGGCAUUGUUGACCUCACACACUGGAAAACUAACCUCACAGCCUAUUACUUUUUGUUUGACUUGAUGUUAUAAGGAUAUUUAUUUUAAUCUUUUGUAAUCAUGCAUCCAUUUUCAAACAAAUAUAAACGCCUUUUGUUUUAAUCUUCGGUCUACAGUAUUUAUUUGAAGAAAACCUUCAUGCCGUUGCAACUGCAUCCUACUGUGUUUCAUUAUAUUAUGGUGUCAGAAAAUGUGUUUGUACUGAACAGCAAAAUGGCCUUACCCUUUGUUUUCAAAGAAAAGAAUGUUGAUGCUGCUUAUUAAUACACGUUGGUAAAAGUGGAGAUUAAAAACUUAAAAAU